UAUUGAAAAAUUAUUUAUUUAUAUAUAUAUAUUUCCUCCCCCCUCCUCUUAUCCAACACGACACGGCCCUGGUAAAAAACCACCUUCCCCAGAGAAAUCAAGUAAAAAUAAUCGAAACCCAAAAUAAACACGCAUCAUCAUCAGAAGAGCCGUGUCAUACAUAAUUCUUAAUCUUUCCAGGAGAAUGCUGAUGAUUGCGCCAUGGAGCCAACAACCACAAACUCCUGGGUAAAGUUUUCAUGCAACAAAUUUUACCUUUUCCUUCAGUUCAUGCUUUGUGGGUUUUCUUUUAUUAACGAAUUAUUUCUUUUGGUUUGCUCUGUUUUUUUUUUUUUUUUUUUUGGAUGCCGAUGGAUUGCAGGAAAGUUCUCUAAGGUUGGAGGAGAAGCUGUGUUCUUUGUGUAUACCAUUUAUAGCGAUAUUUGAAGUAAUGAUAUUCUCGGCGUGGAAAUGUUUCCAUUGCCAUCCUCGGAACGUCCCCAGAAACUGCGGUAUGACCACAAGGACCUGGUUCGACUUACCCGAGAAUCUCGAUUUUCCAUAAAUGAAAUAGAAGCAUUGUAUGAGUUGUUCAAGAAGUUGAGCAGUUCAAUUAUAGAUGAUGGUUUGAUUCACAAGGAAGAGCUUCAGCUGGCAUUGUUCAAAACUCCACAUGGUGAGAAUCUUUUUCUAGACCGGGUUUUUGAUCUAUUUGAUGAAAAGAAAAAUGAUGUUAUUGAAUUUGGGGAGUUUGUCCACGCAUUAAAUGUUUUCCAUCCCUAUGCUCCAAUGGAAGAGAAAAUAGAUUUUGCAUUUAGGCUUUAUGAUCUCAGACAGACUGGAUUCAUUGAGCGAGAAGAAGUCAAGCAAAUGGUGAUUGCAAUUCUAAUUGAAUCGGAUAUGAGGUUGUCUGAUGAUCUUCUGGAUCUCAUAAUUGACAAGACAUUUGCUGAUGCCGAUGCUGAUGGAGAUGGGAAAAUCAAUAAAGAGGAGUGGAAGGAUUUUGUUAUUCGACACCCCUCACUCCUGCGGAACAUGACUCUUCCUUAUUUGAAGUAUGCCACUUCGUUUGUUGUCUUAGUCCUUCUUCUUGUUCUGUUGUUGUGUUUCUGUCGUUCUUUUAAGCAGUCGUUCAAAUCACCUUCUUGCAUACAGCUGAAAUUCUGGGUCCUCAAAGACUUAGAAAAACUUGUUUACAACUUUAGCAUGAAACUGGUUUACAAUUUCUGUAACUGCCUAGAAUUUCUAAGUCUUUGAGGACAAAUAGUAAUAAAGCCCUCCAUGAGAAUAUCUUUUGCUCGCUCAAAAGAGCUUACGUUUCACACUGAUAUUUUCAUUUCACAGGGACAUCAGUACCGUAUUCCCGAGUUUUGUUUUCAACACAGAGGUUGAAGAUGAAGAUCCUUGAUCUAUUCUUAGUGGAAGUUAUACAGCUCUCUGAAUUCGCGUGGGACUAAUUAUACGGGCAUGGCACCUUGUUUUCUUCAGUUUCUCCCCCGUCUGGGAAUGAGUGCUCAAGCGGGCGACAAGGACUGCUUGAAGCGCGUUCAAGAAGGCAUUUCGAGAUUAUAUUCUUUGGAAUUGUUCAACUUUGAGCAACUCCUUUGUACAUCCCAAUUGAAAGACUCCUUUCCUUGUAAAUGCACAGUUUCAUGGAAGAUUUUGUUUUGGGGCAUCUCUAUUGCGGGAAACUGCUCAUUGUGAUGAGUCAUUGAGUUGGUUGCAGUUUUGUUGUAAAUUAGUUCUCCUUGUAACCGAUCUUGUAUUAAUUUCCAAAAAACCAAUCUUAUAUUAGCAUGGACAAAUCAUCUCUUCUUUUCCAACAUUUCUUCUUGAUGCUUGGUUUACUCAUUUUUUAUGGGGUUACCGCGUUACCUCACUAUUUGAAUCCCUUAAUUUUUGUUCCUCUAUAUUAUUUUAAUAGUUGGUUUUGUUUUUUUUUUUUUUAAUUGGAAGGCCCCAGUGAGAAUUGAAUCAUCG